ACCUGCUCGGCUCGCGCCGCCGCCGCCGCCGCCGCGCCGGCUGCCCAGGCUCCAGCUCCUGCCCCUGGCUGCGGGCUCCCGCCUCCCGCUCGCUGCCGCCGCCGCCGCCGUGUGAGUGAGUGAGUUGGGCUGCUCCAGCGGGGCUAACCCCUUCCCCCUGCCUGCGAGUCAGCCUGGCUACGAAUCACGUGUCCGCUGCCUGAGGCAGAGACUAGAGAGGAGGGGAGGGGGGGGAAGCGCCUCAUUCCUUCUUCCACCGCCAUACUGUAUUUUAUAGUAACUCAUUUUUAUUCCUCUCUUUUACUCCCGCUCGGUGAGUACCUUUCCGCUGACAUUCUUGUCCUCCUUUUUUUGUCCUGUUUUUUUCUUCCUUUUUUUAUUUUUCUUCUUUUUUUCUUCCUCUUUGAUUAUUGUUUCAAUGGAUUUGAUCCUUUUUCUGAUGACAAGUUUUUUGUUUUUGUUUUUUGUUUUGUUUUUUUCUUCUUCUUAGCAUGCGAUGGUUACUAAACUGUGAGCAAAAGGUGCUGCUGGGGCUGGGAGUCACUGGGAAUUGAGCAAUGCAAUAAAAUUAAGACUUACCAGUCCAGCAACAACAUAGAUAAAUUUACUAUCUCUAGAUCUAGAUAUGCAACUGGUUUUGUUAUGGCACGAGAAAAGAAAGCAAUGUGAAAUAUGCGUUUUUUAAAAGAUGAGGAAAAAAGGCAUGUUUCUAACUCUUUUGCAGAGGAUUUUUCCAGAUGUUGUUUUGAUGCUUUUUUUAAUUUUUAAUUUUUGGUAUAUAGAUGUGAAUUGCAAAUGCAUUUUACAGCAGUGUUUACAAAGAGUUUGUGAUCUUGCAAUACUGGUGCAGGCCACUGAGCAAGAUGUUAAUUUUAUUAUUUUUGGUUGUUGUUUCCUUUUUUGACACUCGGUGCAGUCAGCAGUUUUUUUCUUCUUUUUCUUUGAUGCCCGUUUAUAACGUGAAACUUUUCUUGCAGCUUGUUAGAGUUGAUCAUUUUUAAAUACUUUUUUCUCCUUAAAAAAAAAAAAGCCAAAAAAAAAAAAAGCCAAAGCAAUGAUCGUUACUUUUGCACAUUUGACUUUUUUAUUCUUUUACCGAGAUAAUUUUAUUAUGAUGAUUAUCAGGAUGAUGAUGAUAGAUAUGCACAUAUAUACAAAUAAAUACAUUUUAAAAUGAUGGCAGUGGAAGGUUUUCCUGGAGAAUGAAGUGCGGUUUGGUUUCCUUGUCAACGGAAGAUGAAGUGAACAACUGAACAUCUCCCCAGUGCAGGUACUUCAUCUCCUUGUAGGCGUUUCCACUCUUUGUAAAUUACAUUGUGGGAAUAAUAAUGAUUAUGAUUAAUAAUAAAAAUAUCUCAAUCCCUCGCUAAAUAUGUGUCCUCAAUGAAAUGAAGACGAAACUAAAUUAUCUGCCUCUUGAUCGCUCGGAUGUGUCCAAAAUACUGCGCUAAUUGAGCCUAGGUCGGUUAAACUGCGUGUGAUAGUUUAUGUACUAUCCUAGACAUGCGGGUAGCCAGCUGACAAACCUGAAUGGAACCGUGAGAUGCAAGUUAUGAGCAGGGACGCUUCUAGGGCUUAAAAAUAACGGAACUGGAUUGGUUAAAGCUAAGUGAGCCAACCAUGACCGGCAAAACACAGACCAGCAAUGUCACCAAUAAGAAUGACCCUAAGUCAAUCAACUCCAGAGUCUUCAUUGGCAAUCUGAACACAGCCAUUGUCAAAAAAGGUGACAUAGAGGCAAUCUUUGCAAAGUACGGAAAAAUAGUUGGCUGCUCAGUGCACAAAGGUUAUGCAUUUGUACAGUAUAUGAGUGAGAGGCACGCAAGGGCUGCAGUGGCAGGAGAGAAUGCCAGGAUCAUUGCAGGACAACCACUCGAUAUCAACAUGGCAGGAGAACCAAAACCAUACAGACCAAAACCUGGAAACAAGCGGCCACUUUCAGCCCUUUACAGACUUGAUUCAAAGGAACCUUUCCUGUCUGUUGGAGGUUAUGUCUUUGAUUAUGAUUACUACAGGGAUGAUUUCUACAAUCGAUUGUUUGAUUACCACGGUCGUGUCCCACCACCACCUCGUGCAGUGAUACCAUUGAAGCGCCCUCGUGUGACCAUGACAGCAACUCGUAGAGGGAAAGGGGUUUUUUCCAUGAAAGGGGGAUCACGAUCAACAUCUAGUGGGGCGUCUUCUUCAGGAUCCAAAUUAAAAUCAGAUGAGUUGCAAACAAUCAAGAAGGAAUUAACCCAAAUCAAAACAAAAAUUGACUCCUUGCUAGGGAGACUGGAGAAGAUUGAAAAACAGCAGAAGGCUGAAGCAGGGUAUGCUUUCCUUACAGAAGCUCAAAAGAAGCAAAUGGAAGAUAAUGCUGAGUUGAUCCAAGAGGAAUGCAUAUCAGAGAAUGCAGAUAACUCUACAGAAGAGCCUAUUGAAGUAGGGCCAGAUGCAGAUGGGGAUGGAGAAGAGAUGACUGAUGGAAUAGAGGAGGAUUUUGAUGAGGAUUGCAGCAAUGAGCUGUUUCUACAGAUCAAGUGAUGAGGUGUCAUGUGUGAGCCCCUUGGAGGCUGAGAAGAGAAACUGUGACUUCCCCUUUCCAGUCCCCCACAGAAAUGUGAACUGCGGUUUCUUACUGGCUAGCAACACCUUUGAUUCAAUUUGUAUGAAAACUCACUUUACUUAUUAAAAUGGACAUUAUUGUUCAAACCUUAGAAAUUUCAUUUCUUAUAUGUUCUAAGCUGUACAACUGUCAGAUUUUUAUGGUUUAGAUUGUAAAUGUGUUUUUCUCUGGCUAAUUAUUGGUAUUAUUUGUUUUUAAUUUUGAUGUCUUAAAGGCCAAGGUACUGUAUGAUAAUAAUAUGAAGGACAUAUUUAACAGGCGUGAGAGACACUGUAUACAAAUGUAUAUUUGUAAAAGCUAUUUUUAUGAUUAGCAUGUUUCACUGUUUAGCAUAUUUAAAGUCAGUUGAUAUUGCAUUUCUAUGUUUAUAGCUUAAUUCAAACACAGUCAUGUUAUGAUCAAAGACGUAUGAUCAGUCAUGUUGUGUGGUAUUUUUCAUUACUUUUCAUUAUAUUCAUAGUUUAAAAUAAUUAUGUUUACUAGUAGGGAUAAUAUUGAAAGGCAAAGUAAUAGUUCUGCUUUGUUCAUGCACUAUUUCACUGUAAUUGCUAAAAAGUGCAAAUAUGUCAAAUAUCAGAUCAAUUGAUAAACUAUAAAUUAGACCCACUUAUUAAUCCCUUUUUUUCAAACAAGCACUCUCUGUGAUGCCAUAGAUUAGCACAGUUAUUUCAUCUGUAUCUGUUACUGUCUCAAAGCAGUUUGUUGUUACCUUAUGGAACAGUUUACAUGCCAGUGAAUGUCCUAUCCAAACU